AUGGCCGAUAACACUUCGCCACACACUGCGGUUGAAAAAUUGAAUCCUAACGAACCAACUAUCUACAAUAUAUGGAAGGCAGCAGAUGGUUCAUUUGCAGAGGAGCCUGUUGGCAAAACCAUCAAGUUCAAAUUGAGAAGUGGUAAACCAUAUGGGUUGGCCAGGGUCUUUGGUAAAGAAGGCGAAGAAGAUAAAACAAAAUGGGCAAGCGAUGAAUCACAGGAGCUUUACAUCCCACCGCAUCGCAGAUAUGAAGUGUUUCGAUGUAUCAUCAAGUUCAUUCCAGCCUGA